CGCGGCGGCGGCAGAGCGACGUGGCGCGGCCAGUUGCGGCUGCGCAGGCAGGUGGAGCAAGAUGGCUGUGGAGCUGGGCGUGCUGGUUGUCCGACCCUGGCCCGGAACCGGGCUGGGCAGAGUGAUGCGGACCCUCCUGCUGCUACUGUGGGUGGCGACGCGCGGAAGCGCGCUCUACUUUCACAUCGGAGAGACGGAGAAGAAGUGCUUUAUUGAGGAGAUCCCGGACGAGACCAUGGUCAUAGGAAACUACCGGACGCAGCUGUAUGACAAGCAGCGGGAGGAGUACCAGCCGGCCACCCCGGGGCUUGGCAUGUUUGUGGAGGUGAAGGACCCAGAGGACAAGGUCAUCCUGGCCCGGCAGUAUGGCUCUGAGGGCAGGUUCACUUUCACCUCCCAUACCCCUGGCGAGCACCAGAUCUGUCUUCACUCCAAUUCCACCAAGUUCUCCCUCUUUGCUGGAGGCAUGCUGAGAGUUCACCUGGACAUCCAGGUAGGUGAACAUGCCAACGACUAUGCAGAAAUUGCCGCUAAAGACAAGUUGAGUGAGUUGCAGCUACGAGUGCGACAGCUGGUGGAACAAGUGGAGCAGAUCCAGAAAGAGCAGAACUACCAGCGGUGGCGAGAGGAGCGCUUCCGGCAGACCAGUGAGAGCACCAACCAGCGGGUGCUGUGGUGGUCCAUUCUGCAGACCCUUAUCCUCGUGGCCAUCGGUGUCUGGCAGAUGCGGCACCUCAAGAGCUUCUUUGAAGCCAAGAAGCUUGUGUAGCUGUCCCAGGUGUCACAACCCAUCCUCCCAGGCUGGGGGAGAAAGGACCUCCUGGAACUGACUUCUGGCAGGAGGACUGGUUUCCAGCCAUACCUGUUCUGGAAGGGAGAGGGGCUGCAGGCACCCACAGGCACAAGCUGAAGGCAGCAGCUUGGCUGGCUAAUACUGAGCAGGUGGUGGGGCAAAUUCCUGCCCUCUCUCUUUGGCCUCUGGGCCCUUUGCAGUAAUCACCCAGGGGCUGGUAAAGUCCCUCCUCUUGGCACCUCAGAAUCACAGUGUUACUGAUCAGGGAUGUGAGGCUGCUGUCGGGGGUGGGGGGAGGGGAAUGGGCAGGCAAGCCAGUCUUCUGUCUUCCUUUGCUAACUUAGGGUUUUGAGCAGGUUGGGGUAUGGUGCCUGUCAUACCUGCCUGCCACCCUGGGAACUCACUGUUCUCUAUUUCAGCCUAGACCUGCUGAUCCCAGGGUGUGUGUGAGUUGAGGGUGGGUGGAGGGUUUGCAGUGUGGGCAUGUGGCCCUGCAUUUGACCUCAGCUUCUUCACAUGGUUGUCCAUUCUGGGGCUUAAAGAACUGGGACCAGACCAAGUAGAGGCCUUGGUGCUGGUUGAGGUGGGGCCUGCAGAGUCUUACUGAUUUCAUUUUCAAUAAAUUUAGGUUUGUUACAUGAGUUUCCCAAUUAAAAAAAAAAAAAAAAAAACUUGUCCAGUG